AUGAACACACGGAUGACCAUCCUCUCGCCGGAUAGGGACCAACCUUCUGCCCUCGCGGGCUCCGGGCUGGCGGGGACGUGGAGGUGGAACUCCGCGGCGGCCACCGCUCACCUGCAGAGCGCUGGGGUCUGGGGAGAAGGCAGGGAUCCGCAGCCCUCCUGCUCGCGCUGCCAAAGCCACCGUUUUGAGGGUCAGCCUCAUGAGGCGCAUGAAGGAUCCACUCUACAGUGGAAGAACCUGUAG